GUUAGUGAUGCUUGGAUGUCCAGAUGGUUUAUCCAAGAUCGGGGUUUCUGCAUGACGAUGAAGUUUCAGCACAGUUUGACACUCAGAAGCGAGUGCAAGAAGACCCUGUGGGAGAGGACCCUGUGGGACAAGAACCUAGCGAGCCCGUUGUCGUUCCUGUGGGCCAGGAACCUAGUGAGCAGCCUGUGGGCCAUGAUCCGGUUGGGAAGCCUGAACAGGAACAUAGCAAGCUUUUUGGUGGGCUUUUGGGUCUAGAAACUAGCAAGCCUGUGGGCCAGGCAGCUGGAGGGCAGCCUGUGGGCCAGGAAACAAGCGAGCCUGUGAGCCAGGAACCUCUUGGCGAGCAUCCUGUUGGCCAGCCUUUGGGCAAGGAACCUAGCGAUCCUUUAGGCCAAGAGUCUAGUGAGCAUGUUGGAGAGCCUGUUGGCCAAGUUUCUAGUGAGCCUGUGGGCCAGCAACCUGUUGGAGAGCAGCCUGUGGGCCAGGAACAAAGCCAGCCUUUGGGCCAAGAACCUAGUGAGCAUGUAGGAGAGCCUGUGGGCCAGGAACCUGUUGGAGAGCAGCCUGUGGGCCAGCCAUUGGGCCAAGAACCAAGUGAGCAUGUUGGGGAGCCUGUGGGCCAGGGACCUAGCGAGCCUGUGGGCCAGGGACCUAGCGAGCCUGUGGGCCAGGGACCUAGCGAGCCUGUGGGCCAGGGACCUAGCGAGCCUGUGGGCCAGGGACCUAGCGAGCCGGUGGGCCAGGGGCCUAGUCUGCAGCCUGUUGGCGAGCCAUUGGGAAAGGAACCUAGUGAGAAGUCUGUGGGUCAGGAACCUAGCCACCCUGUAGGUCAGGAACCUAGCAACCCUGUGGCCCAAGAGCCUGUGGACCAUGAACCUGGAGAGCGGCCUGUGGACCAAGAACCUAGUGAGCCUGUGGGCCAGAAACCUGUUGGAGAGGAGCCUGUGGGCCAAGAACGUAGUGAGCCUGUGGGCCAAGAACCUAGUGAGCCUGUGGGAAAGCAGCCUGUGGGCCAGGAACCAAGUGAGAUUUUAGGUAAUGAACCUAGCGAGCAGCCUGUGGACCAGGAACCUAGUGAGCAGCCUGUGGGUCAGGAACCUAGCCAGCCUGUGGCUCAAGAGCCUGUGGGCCAUGAACCUGGAGAGCAGCCUGUGAGCCAGGAACCUGUUGGAGAGCAUCCUGUUGGCCAGCCUUUGGGCCAGGAAGCUAGCGAUCCUUUAGGCCAAGAGUCUAGUGACCAUGUUGGAGAGCCUGUUGGCCAAGUUUCUAGUGAGCCUUUGACCAAGAACCGAGUGGAGCAUGUAGGAGAGCCUGUGGCUAAAUUACCUGCGAGCAGCCUGUUGGCUAUGAACCUGGAGAGCAACCUGUGGGGACCUAGUGAGCCUGUGGGCCAGGGCCUAGUGCGCAGCCUGUUGGCGAGCUGGGUAAGGUACCAGCGAGCAGCCUGUGGGCCAGAACCUAGCGAGCAGCCUGUGGCCCAAGAGGUCAGGAACCUAGCUGCUCCUGUGGCCCAAGAGCCUGUGGACCAUGAACCUGGAGAGCAGCCUGUGAGCCAGGAACCUGUUGGAGAGCAUCCUGUUGGCGAGCCUUGGGCCAAGAACCUAUUGAGCCUGUGGGCCAGUCACCUGUUGGAGAGGAGCCUGGGCCAUGAGCCUGUGGCCAUGAACCUAGCGAGCCUGUGGGCUAUGAACUUGGAGAGCAACCUGUGGGACCAAGAACCUAGUGAGCCUGUGGCCAGCAACCUGUUGAGAGGAGCCAGAGCCAGGAGCCUGUGGGCCAAGAACGUGAGUGAGCCUGUGGGCCAUGAACCUAGUGGAGCCUGUGGAGAGCAGCCUGUGGGCCAGGAACCAACUUCUAGUGGAGCCUGUGGGGCUAGGAACAAAGCCAGGCAGCCUGUUGGGCAGCCUUUGGACCAAGAACCUAGUGAGCAUGUAGGAGAGCCUGUGGGCCAGUCACCUGGUGAGCAGCCUGUUGGCUAUGAACCUGGAGAGCAACCUGUGGGCCAGGAACAAAGCCAGCAGCCUGUUGGCGAGCCUUUUGGCCAAGAACCUAGUGAGCAUGUUGGAGAGCUUGUGGGCCAUGAACCUGGAGAGCAGCAUGUGGGCCAGGAACCAAGCGAGCAGCCUGUGGCCCAAGAGCCUGUGGGCCAUGAACCUGUAGAGCAGCCUGUGAGCCAGCAGCCUGUUGGUGAGCCUUUGGGCCAAGAACCUAGUGAGCAUUUUGGAGAGCCUGUGGGCCAGCAACCUGUUGGGGAGCAGCCUGUGGGCCAGGAACCUAGCGAGCAGCCUGUGGGCCAGGAACCUAGCCACCCUGUGGCCCAAGAGCCUGUGGACCAUGAACCUGGAGAGCAGCCUGUGAGCCAGGAACCUGUUGGAGAGCAGCCUGUUGGCGAGCUUUGGGCUAUGAACCUACCUGUUGGCUAUGAACCUGGAGAGCAACCUGUGGACCAAAAACCUAGUGAGCCUGUGGGCCAGCAACCUGUUGGAGAGGAGCCUGUGGGCCAGGAACAAAGCCAGCAGCCUGUUGGCGAGCCUUUUGGCCAAGAACCUAGUGAGCAUGUUGGAGAGCUUGUGGGCCAUGAACCUGGAGAGCAGCAUGUGGGCCAAGAACCAAGCCAGCAGCCUGUGGGCCAGGAACCAAGCGAGCAGCCUGUGGCCCAAGAGCCUGUGGGCCAUGAACCUGUAGAGCAGCCUGUGAGCCAGGAACCUGUUGGAGAGCAGCCUGUGGGUGAGCCUUUGGGCCAAGUGCCUAGUGAGCAUGUUGGGGAGCCUGUGGGCCAGCAUCCUGUUGGAGAGCAGCUUUUGGGCCAGGAACUUAGCCAGCAGUCUGUUG